AUGUUUUGGAAAAAAUUCGUAAUUACACUAUUUAUAUUUAUAUUAAUUCUUCUUUAUCGUGCAUAUGUCGUAUUUACACCGGAUAAAACCAUAUUUGAACCGUGUUCAUCGACAAACGAUAAUCAUUCGUUAGAAUUCCAUGAACAACGUCUGCGAACUUUUCAAACGUUACUUCAAUUUCAAACAAUAUCCUAUGAAGAAAAUAAUCAAAAUUUUACUGAGUUGAAACGCUGCCGAAAUUUUAUCAAACAACAUUAUGAUGAUUUAAUAACAAAAUAUUCGAAAUUUGUUCAACUACAUGAUAUCGCAGAAUAUUCAUUAUUAUAUGAGAUUCGAGGAAAAAAUUCGAAUUUAAAACCAUUUCUUCUAUCUGCACAUUUCGAUGUUGUACCUACGGGAAACUUAAGCCGUUGGAAAUAUCCACCGUUCGAUGGUCAUUCAGAUGGACAAUUUAUUUAUGCUCGUGGUACAUUGGAUGACAAAGGAAGUGUUUUUACUAUGAUGGAAGCUCUUAAGGAGUAUUUAAAUGUGCACGGUCAACCAUCUCGAACAUUUUACAUUGGUCUCACUCAUGAUGAAGAAGUUGGCAGAGCAGGUGCUAUGGGUAUUGCUAAAUAUCUUUCAAAACAACCUUUUGGUCAUGAUGGCCAAUUUGAAUUUGUACUUGACGAAGGAACAAUUAUUCUUGAAGAAGCAUUUCCAACUCUACAUAAUCCUAUUGCAAUAAUUGGUGUGGCUGAAAAAGGCUAUAUGACUAUUGAAUAUAGUAUUAGUCUUCCGCCUGGCCAUUCAAGUAUGCCAACAGCACCAACAGCGAUUGGUAUAUUGGCGCGUGCUGUUGAUAAACUUGAAAGUACAUUACAACCAUCACAAUUUGGUCGUGGACCUGAAAUAAGUCUUUUACAUAGUAUCACACCGUAUUUAAAAUUUCCAUUACGACUUGCUCUGAGUAAUAUUUGGUUGUUUGGUUAUUUGAUUCAAUUGGCAUUAGCUCAAAAACCAGGAACAAAUGCUUUACAACGUACAACAUCAGCAGUAACACUUAUUUCAGGUGGGGAAAAAGAAAAUAUUUUACCAACAUCAGCAUCGGCCACUAUUAAUCAUCGAAUUCAUACAGCUGAUUCGUGUCAAAAAAUUCUCGAAAAUAAUCGUCGUAUUAUCAAUGAUGAUCGUAUUGUUCCGCGUGUGAAGAAUUGUGUUGAACCUUCGCCUUCAUCACCUUACGGAAAAGAUGUUUAUUCCUAUCGCAUUAUUGAACAAACAAUACGUCAAACAUUUGACAAAGAUCGUCAACCAAUUAUUGUCGUACCUGGUUUAAUGUUAGGAGCAACAGACAGUAGAUCCUAUACGAAUUUAUCAAAAAACCUAUAUCGAUUUUCUCCAUUUAUCUAUCAUCAUGAUGAUUUAGAUCGUCUUCACGGCGACAAUGAGCGUAUGACACAUCUUGAUGUUCAACGAGGACUAAAUUUUUAUUUUCAUCUUAUUGUAAACAAUCAACUUGGUCAUAUACCUGAAUCGAAAUUAAAUACAGAACUUUAG